AUGCCUCGCAAGGCGAUCGAUUCGCGCAUUCCCGCGCUCAUUCGAAAUGGCGUGCAGGAAAAGAAACGGAGCUUCUUCGUCGUGGUUGGAGACCGCGCAAAGGAUGUGAUCGUGCACCUGCACUAUAUCAUGUCCAGCGUAGACGUCAAGCAGAACAAGUCGGUGCUGUGGGCAUAUAAGAAGGACCUUUUGGGAUUCACAAGUCAUCGGAAGAAGCGUGAGGCAAAGAUCAAGAAGGAGGUCAAGCGCGGCAUCAGAGAACCGAACCAGGAAGAUCCUUUCGAACUGUUCAUCACCCUCAACCAAAUCCGUUAUGUCUACUACAAGGAGACCGAGAAGAUUCUGGGAAAUACGUAUGGAAUGUGUAUUCUGCAAGAUUUCGAAGCCAUGACACCAAACCUGCUUGCGCGCACCGUCGAGACCGUCGAGGGAGGAGGUAUCGUCCUGCUGCUCUUGAAGAGCAUGAACAGCUUGAAGCAACUUUACACAUUAUCGAUGGAUAUCCACUCGCGAUACAGGACAGAGGCACAUGACGACGUGGUAGCGCGCUUCAACGAGAGAUUCAUCCUGUCCCUGGGUAGCUGCGAUUCGUGUUUGGUCGUCGACGAUGAGCUGAACGUCCUGCCUAUUUCCGGAGGAAAGUCCGUGAAACCGCUCCCCCCGGCGGAGUCGACCGACCCUUCCAAAUCGGGCACACAAAAGGAAUUGAAGGCUAUCAAGGAGAGCUUGGCAGAGUCGCAGCCCGUCGGUUCAUUGAUCGGUUUGUCUCGGACCGUUGACCAGGCCAAGGCGCUCCUCACAUUCGUCGAUGCGAUUGCGGAGAAGACGCUUCGGAACACUGUUACACUGACUGCUGCCAGAGGUCGAGGAAAGUCAGCUGCUCUUGGUGUUGCGAUUGCGGCUGCAGUUGCUCACGGUUACAGCAACAUUUUCAUUACCUCGCCCAGCCCAGAGAACUUGAAGACCCUGUUCGAAUUUGUCUUCAAGGGAUUUGAUGCUAUGGGAUACCUCGACCAUGUCGACUACACUAUUCUUCAAUCCACCAACCCCGACUUCAACAAGGCCAUUGUCAGGGUCAACAUCCACCGCCAGCACCGCCAGACUAUCCAGUACAUCCAGCCUCAAGAUGCGCAUGUCUUGGGCCAGGCCGAACUCUUGGUUAUCGAUGAAGCCGCCGCUAUCCCCCUGCCUUUGGUUCGGAAGUUGAUGGGUCCAUACCUCGUUUUCAUGGCGUCGACCAUCAACGGUUACGAAGGAACGGGCCGGUCCCUCUCCCUGAAGCUGAUCCAGCAGCUCCGUGAGCAGUCAAGAGGAGGUUUGAAGGCAAACGGAGAGGAAGAUAUCGAUGUCGCCGAUCGAUCUACAGGGAAAGCAGCCAAGGGAGCAGAGAAGGGUCUUGGUGGACGCUCCUUGAGGGAGAUCACAUUGUCCGAGCCCAUCCGUUACGCCCCCGGCGACUCUGUCGAGAAGUGGCUGAACAAGGUCCUUUGCCUUGAUGCAACUCUGCCCAAGUCCAAGAUGAACACCCAAGGAUGCCCUCACCCUUCGAAAUGUCAGCUGCUCCAGGUCAACCGAGACACCCUCUUCUCUUUCCACCCUGUCUCCGAGAAGUUCCUGCAGCAAAUGAUGGCUCUCUACGUCGCUAGUCACUACAAGAACACGCCUAAUGACCUUCAGCUCAUGAGUGAUGCACCAGCACACCAGCUCUACGUGCUUGUACCGCCGAUCGACGAGGAAGCUACCAAACUUCCGGAACCCCUUUGUGUCAUCCAGGUUGCGCUUGAAGGUCGCAUCAGCCGCCAGAGUGUCCUGAACAGCUUGAGUCGUGGCCAAAGAGCCGGUGGUGAUUUGAUUCCCUGGCUUGUUAGCCAACAGUACCAAGACGAGGACUUUGCCGGUCUCUCCGGUGCCCGAGUUGUCCGCAUUGCAACCAACCCCGAAUACCUGAACAUGGGCUACGGGUCGCGCGCUCUCGAACUCCUCGUCGACUUCUACGAAGGCAAAUUCACCAGCCUGGACGAGGACGUCACCGACCAGCCCGAAGAAAUGGUCCGAGUAACUGACACCGAGCUCGAGAACUCCAACCUCCUAGACGACAAUGUCCACGUCCGCGACAUCCAAACCAUGCCACCCCUCUUCGGCAAGCUCACCGAGCGCCGCCCAGACACCCUCGACUACAUCGGCGUCAGCUACGGCCUUACCCCCUCCCUCCACAAAUUCUGGAAACGCUCCUCCUUCGUCCCGGUCUACCUCCGCCAAACUGCCAACGAGCUCACCGGCGAGCACUCCUGCGUGAUGCUCCGCGGUCUGAGCACCGGAUCCAGCGACAUCAGCUGGCUGGGCGCGUUCGCACGGGACUACCACAAGCGCUUCCUCGCCCUGCUGUCCUACCAGUUCCGCGAGUUCCCUUCCGUCCUCUCCCUCAGUAUUUGCGAAUCUGCCAACGCAGGCGAGAAACUCGAUCCCUCCAUCGCCCCUCGUCCCUUGACAAAGGCUGAGCUCGACGCCGCCUUCUCCCCCUUCGACCUUAAGCGUCUCGACAGCUACGCCAACAAUCUCCUCGACUACCACGUCAUCCUCGACAUGGUCCCAACCAUCGCUGAAUAUUACUUCGCCGGCCGUCUCGGCGGCAAGGUCAGCCUUUCGGGCGUCCAGCAAUCCGUCCUCCUGGCCAUCGGCCUGCAGCGCAAGAAACUCGAGGAUCUCGAGAAGGAACUGAACCUCCCCUCGUCGCAGUUGCUUGCCAUGUUCCUGAAGAUCAUGCGCAAGAUGUCGACGUACUUCCGCGCGUUGGUUGAGGGUGCUGUCGCCGAUACCCUGCCCAAGGAGGCAAUCCCCAUCUCGGCACCGGCUCCCGACGCACACGAUGAAGUCGUCGAUGAGCGCUUCAAGCCCCUGGAAACCGGGUUGGAAGAUGAACUCCGCGAAGGCGGUGAGAAGAUCGACGAUGAACUGCGUGAGAAGCAGAGGGCGCUGAUUGAUGCCCUGCCGCUUGACAAAUACGAGAUUGACAACGGUAGCGCUUCGUGGGAAGACGCUGAGAAGCAAGUCCGCGCUGGAGGCGCAUCGACCGUCAGCGUGAAGUCUGCGAAGCAGUCUAAGCGGAAGAAGGGCGAGUCUGCGCGGGAGAUCUACGAUGCGGAGAUUGAAUCGAAGAGGCAGAAGAUCAUUAAGAAGGGCACGGAGGGGAAGAAGAAGAGGUUUUAA